AUGGAAUUAUUUGAUCAGAUUAACGACUUUCUUAGUGAUAAAUGUGAAAUGAAAUUGCUGUCAACAACGGAUGGAAAAGCAUUUGUCAGUUAUUUGACAGACAUAUUUGAGAAACUUGGAAACUUGAAUAAACAACUUCAAGGUGCAAACAUGACACUUAUUGAUGCAAAAGCAAAGAUUUUUGGAUUUAUUACAGCUCUCGAAUUAUGGAAAAAGAAAUUUUCCAAAAGAAAUUUCAGUGAACUUUACUGGUUGAGUAAAUGUGAAAUAACGAAUGAUGCUGGCAUUGUAAUUAUUGAUCAUUUAAAUAUCUUGAUAAAGGAUUUCAAUGACAGAUUUUGCGAUUUAAAGGCAAUGAAUUUUCCUCUUGGUUAA